AUGACAGAUGAUAUAGAAAAUAAAACUAUUCCACAAUCAAACUCAAAAUGUAUACAAUUUUGUCAAAAUAAAAUACCAUGGAAAAAUAUUCAAUAUUAUUGCUGUGAACCUAGAAAAGAUGUUCGUAUAUUUUGGUUUAGUUAUUUUUUUAUAUUAAUUAUUCUAUUUAUAAUAUUUAUGGUCGCAUUUUUACAAAAAUCAUCAGUAACUAUAAAUUAUUUGAGAUGGUAUAACGAUAGUUGUACUAUUGAUUCAAUUACAACAUCUCCUAUUAUUGAAUGUGAUCAUUCAUUAGGUCUUUAUUGUAGUACAAUAACAGAACGAUGUGCUUGUUUAGAUAAUAUGUAUUGGAAUAGCUCUUUUUGUGAUUGUUCAUCAGGAAUGUACUAUAACGGUAUCGGUUGUCAAGAACGUCUUACAUUUGGUCAAUCAUGUAAUUCCCAAUCUGAUUUUUGUAUGGAAUAUUUAACAUGUUCAACUAGUACAAAUACUUGUGAUUGUUCAUCAAAUUCAUAUUACAAUCAAACAACUUGUAAUUCAAAACUAUCUUUUAAUGCAACUCAAUCAUGUACAUUAACAAGUCAAUGUAUUAAUGGUCUUACAUGCAGUUUUAAUGUAUGUACAUGUUCAACAUCACAAUCAUGGAAUGGUUAUGCUUGUUCGAAUUUAUCUACAUAUGGUGAAUAUUGUUUGACAAAUCUUCAAUGUGAUAGCUCAGUGUUUUUAAUAUGUAAUAAUACAUAUUCAAGAUGCACAUGUAAUAUAAAUUCAUAUUGGGAUGAUACAAUUUGUCGUUCACGUCUUAAUAAUGGUUCAUUAUGUAAUAAUACUCAACAAUGUUUAUCAAGUUUAGUAUGUAUUAAUAAUUAUUGUCAAUGUCCAUUAAUUUAUACUCAAUAUUGGUCAAGUCAAACAUUAACAUGUGAAUUAUGUUAUGGUAAAGAUCUUUUUCUUUUUGAUGGUAUUUGUUAUCAUAUACCAGUACCAACAAAUACAACAUUAGCAACAUAUUCAGUAUUUUCAUCAAAUUAUAUAUUAUCAACAAUUCAAUAUGAUUAUCAAUUAAAUUAUAUAUUUAAUCAACAUAUACGUGUUUAUAAUUGGACACCAAUUUUUUUUUCAAUUAAUAAUCCAAUAAAAAACUAUUUUCAAUGGACACCUGAUAAUACUUUAAUAAAACCAUCAUAUUUAUGUAAUGAAACAAUUCAAUUAAAUUAUACUGGUUAUGUUGUUUCAUUUAAACUUGAAACAAAUACUCCAUGUCUUCGUGCUUGGCCAAAUACAACAAUUGGACAAUUAACUAAUCAACUUAAUACAUAUAUUUAUCAUACUCAAUAG